AUGGCUCGAGGACGUGGAGGUGGUAAUCAUAGCCAACGCCGACCAGUCGAUUUAACUGGAAUCCUCUCAAUAGCCGAGAAAAAUGACUUGGUAACCCUAGUCAAUGCCAUUACGGAGAGGAUGGCUAGAGAUAUUAGCAAUAUCUUUGACUCCCCUCCAGUUGCUCCAAUUCAAAGUGACCAUGGUCACCACCACUGGCUUCUGCUUCCCCUACACCAUCAAAAAGACAACAAACCAGCAACCCAUUCACUUAUUGGAAUGAAGCGAAUUGGUUCCUCAAAUACAUUUAAUAGACCUCAUGAAAUCAUCGAAAAAGAGGAGAAAGAAGCCAUGACGCCGCAGCUGCGCGAGCUAAAGAAGGAGGCUUUGAUCUUCUUCCGUAAAUGGCAGAACAUGGUUUUGCAGCGGGUUCGAGAUAUUGCUGUCAAGGAUCAACCAGUUUCUCAACUAAAUACUCGUGGUCGUGGACGUGGAAUGAGAGGAAUGCCUCGAGGACGAGGUGGAAUUGGUCGUGGUGGCGGCAUAAUGCGCUCCCCCCUGACUCUGGCAACAGGACCACCACGCGCACCGUCCAACUAUGUGGACCGUAACCUGGCUGCUCAAUUUCCCCCAAUUCCCAACGCUCUAUGGACCCUGGAUAUGGACAAGCGUAGGCUAUUGUUGCACAUUGUGUUUCUCGUUCUGCUAUCUAUGCAAGAGUACACAGCAAAUGCAAGGCACCUCAUACAAAGCCUCGCGACUUCUUUGAACCUUCCACCUUGGGUGUAUCGAGAAGAAGAACUACGCCUUGCACGUGGAUUAGCCAGGACAGCCCUUGAUCUCUCUGAAGAAGAUGCGAUUGCACAAAAGAGCGAGGAGACGAAGACCUCACGGCGCUGGAAGCUUGGAUUGGGAAACCAUUCGGGGAAGCUGGCCGCUCCUCUUGCCGCCGUUGGUAUCGGCGCGGCUCACGGUGGUCUUGGACUCACUUCAUUUACAGCGGCAGGCCUAUUAGGCAUAAUGGCCGAAAAUGCACUCGCUAUCGGCAGCCUUUUUGGCAUCAACACUUUAAAGCCCUUAGGCAAGAUGAUGGAGAAUUUCGCACGAGAGGUUACCGACUUUGCAUUCAUUCCCAUUCAGAGCACGGAUGUAUCUGAAUACCGUGACCCUCGAGGCAUCCCAGCCGAGCACCGCAGGCUUUGCCUUACUAUUGCUAUAGGUGGAUAUAUCAUUGGGGAUGAAGACAUCACAAAAACUUGGCACUGUUUGGGUCGCUAUACCGAAACUUUCGCCACAAGGUGGGAAACUGCAGCUCUCACAAGCCUUGGCAGCUCCCUUGACACUGUUAUAAAGAGCAGUUCUUGGAGCAGUGCCCAGGCAGAGAUUAAAGCUCGCACAAUUUUCUCGAGCCUUGUAGACGCCGUCUGGCCCAUUUCACUGCUCAAGGUCAGCAAGAUCUUGGACAAUCCAUGGAAUGUUGCCAUAGUCAGAGCAGAGAAGGCUGGUGCUGUAUUUGCUGAUGCCAUCAUGCGACAAAAAUUUCAUGGAGACAGGCCGGUUUCAUUGGUUGGAUACGGUCUUGGGGCCCGUGCCAUAUACACGUGUCUCAUGGUAUUAGCAGAGCGUCGACAAUUUGGAGUCAUCGACUCAGUUGUCAUGAUGGGCACCCCAGCACCUUCUGAGAGUCGUGUAUGGCUGACGCUCAAGAGUGUUGUGUGCGGUCGUUUGGUCAACGUAUACUCAGAGCACGACUACAUGCUCGGAUUCCUAUAUCGAACUGCCAAUAUUCAGUUUGGCGUCGCUGGCCUGCAGGAGAUCCAGGGAGCAGAUGGAGUCGAAAACUACAGAAUGAAAACCCUUCCUCGCGGUCAUCUGACCUAUCAAAGCCAGGUGAGUCAGAUUUUGAAGAACAUUGGCUGGGAGGAUGCUAUUACAGAUGCUAUUAAAGUGGGAAAGUGA